AUGCCGCCAAACCCUGCGGAGGUGAAACAAGCGGAGCUUUUGAGAAAUGACGGAAACAAUUACUUCAAGAAAAGCCGUUUCGGAGCAGCAAUCGACGCCUACACUCAGGCAAUAACGUUUUGCCCUAAUAUUCCGGUUUAUUAUACCAAUCGUGCCCUGUGCCAUCUCAAGCGCAAUGAAUGGGAGAGGGUUGAGGAAGACUCUAGAAGAGCAAUUCAGCUGGACAGCAAAUCGGUUAAGGCGCACUAUAUUUUGGGACUUGCGUUGCUACAGAAACAAGAGCUUCCAAAAGGAAUCAAAGAAUUGGAAAAGGCUUUGAAUCUGGGGAGAGGUGCCGAUCCACAAGGUUAUAUGGUAGAAGAAAUAUGGCAAGCACUUGCAAGAGCAAAAUACAAAGAGUGGGAACAUGCAUCAUCCCAGCGAUCUUGGGACUUGCAGAACUUGAAAGAAGCCUGUGUGUCUGCUCUAAAGGAAAAACAAUAUCUCGGAGACAUCUCUGAGUCAGAAGGAUUUGUAGAUGAUGCUACUACUCCCUAUUUGAAACGUUUGGAGGCUAUUGAAAGGGUUUUCAAUAAAGCUGCAGAAGACGAUAUACCAGCUGAGAUUCCAGGUCAUCUAUGCUGUAGAAUUACACUUGAUAUUUUUCAUGAUCCUGUAAUCACUCCGAGUGGACUUACAUACGAGAGGGCAAUGCUUCUUGAUCAUCUUCAGAAGGUGGGUGGUUUUGAUCCAAUCACGAGGGAACAAUUUGAUCCGUCACAACUAGUACCGAACUUGGCCAUUAAGGAAGCAGUCCAUGAAUUCUUGGACAAACAUGGGUGGGCUUACAAGAUAGAUUAA